AUGUCUCCUCUAGUUUUUGUCUUUGUGUGUCUUGCGUCCAUGAACGUUCUUGGAGAACCAGAAGAACAGCCGAUCAAACUUGAACAAGAAAGCCAACAGUAUGCACUUCCCGACAGCGCUAUCGGUCUUUGGCUUCAGCAACAAAAAAUGGUGAAAAGAGUAUGCCACAGGGACACCAAGGAAAAAGUACACACAGAGUUAUUUGUUGACGCUUACCCUGUGAGAGGUAAACAUACACCCAUUUCCCCUUUCACUGGGACAACUAAGAGGCCACAUUGUCGAACACCAAUAUCAAGGCUGAACGAGAAACAACAACGGCUCAAUCUUAUCUUGGAAAACACAGGAACUGGACAAACAUUCCAAGUGGCUAAUUGUAAAACAAGUCUUGUUGAUGCCACAAGAGAGGAGGAGCACUCGCGCGGAGAUCAAGAAGUUUGUCCUGGUACCGACCUUUGCAUAGCCUCGCUAUCAGAGGUUACCACGAUCAGGACAUUGACUGGUGUUCGUGACGUCACAAGUGCUGUCAGCUGCACAUGCGUUCCACGUGAAAGGGACUGUCAGCGAAUUUCCAGCCAGCAAGUCUUUUUCAAUGAAACCAAGUUUGAAACGAGAGUCGAUGUCGGUCAGUGCAUUGGAAAGUGUCGCUUACAUGGUUCUCGUGAAAUAGAAUGCAAGCCAACCUCUUUAAAGACUGUCACAGUAAUAGGACCAAAUGGUGCCAAGUGUGUUGAAGUAAUCCGGUCAUGUGCAUGUGAAAGAAAGUGUUACAGAAUCUCUCAUAACGAGGCAUUUGCAGUCCAACACAACAACUCCACAUUGACAAAGAUUAUCGAUGUCGGUCGCUGCGUUGGAAAAUGUUCUGGUCACACCAAAGGAGAAUGUCUUUACUGGAUAAACAACAGAGAUGGGUCUGGGUCGAGAACAAGGCAUUGCGCAGUCCGCACUAAGACUAGGCCGAAGCAAUGUUACCCAGAAUCCACCAGUGAGCAGACUGUGGGCGGAAAGACGGUGUCGGUUAUAGAGUCGUGCGCGUGUCGCUAG